GAAGCAUAUGGAAUGGAGGGGCUCUUGGCUUUGGGCCUCAGUGCAAGUCCAUUGGAAAAGGCAGCUGCAACAAUCUAGUGGUCACCAGCAGUCCCAUGAUGGUUCAGCGACUGGGACCCAUUUCACCUCCAGCAAGCCAGGUCUCUACAGCAUGCAACCAGAUCAGUCCUAGCUUACAGAGUGCAAUGAAUACAGCCAACCUGAAUAUACCUCCUUCAGAUACAAGGUCCCUUAUUUCACGCGAGUCUUUGGCAUCCACUACUCUGAGUCUGACCGAAAGCCAGUCAACCUUGAGCGUGAAGCAAGAGUGGUCUCACGGCUACCGGGCUCUCCCUUCACUCCCCUCCAGCCACGGCUCUCAGAAUGGCAUUGAUCUAGGGGACCUCUUUAGCCUUCCUCCUGGUACUGCUGUGUCUGGCAACAGUGUGGCUAAUUCAUUGCCAUCUUACCUUUUUGGCAUGGAAAAUAGCCAUUCUCCAUACCCAAGUCCCAGGCACUCAUCAGCCAGAUCCCACUCAGCCCGCUCCAAGAAGAGAGCCCUGUCCUUGUCUCCUCUGUCUGAUGGCAUUGGGAUAGACUUCAAUACCAUCAUCCGAACUUCACCCACCUCGUUGGUCGCUUACAUUAAUGGAUCCAGGGCUUCCCCAGCCAAUAUGUCCCCACAGCCUGAAGUCUACGGUCAUUUCUUGGGUGUGCGUGGUAGCUGCAUUCCCCCACCAUGUUCAAUGCCCAGCAGCCAGAAAGGUGUGCGAGUGGCUUCUGGCGGCCUGGCGCUGCCUGCCUACAGUGAGGACAAUACUCUGGAGUAUGACCGCAUGCAGCAGCUGGAGCAUGGCAGCCUCCCGCCUGGGCUGGUCAACAACAUGGUGGUACAGCAUGGCCUUCCAGGCUCCAGUGGUCAGUCAGCCAGUCUGCUGAAAACGGAGCGUCUGGAUGAAUUCUCCGGCAGCACCCUGGACCUGCCACCUCUACCACCACCACCCCAAGGACCCCCGCCACCCUACCAUGCACACCCACAUCUGCACCACCAGGAAAUUGUUCCUCACUCCCAGCCGCUGACCCUGCCUCAGGCCGCCCUGGAGGAGGACGGGGAGAUGGACGACUUAGGGGGCAAGCACUGCUGUCGCUGGAUCGACUGCAGUGCCUUGUAUGACCAGCAGGAAGAACUUGUGAGGCACAUUGAGAAGGUUCACAUAGACCAGCGCAAAGGGGAAGACUUCACUUGCUUUUGGGCUGGUUGCCCUCGAAGGUACAAGCCCUUCAAUGCCCGCUAUAAACUGCUGAUCCACAUGAGAGUCCACUCGGGGGAAAAACCCAACAAGUGUACGUUUGAAGGUUGCAAGAAGGCAUUUUCAAGGCUUGAAAAUCUUAAAAUUCACUUGAGGAGUCACACGGGUGAGAAGCCGUAUUUGUGCCAGCAUCCAGGCUGUCAGAAGGCAUUCAGUAACUCCAGCGACCGCGCCAAGCAUCAGAGGACACAUCUGGACACUAAACCUUAUGCUUGUCAAAUUCCGGGAUGCACCAAACGUUACACAGACCCAAGUUCCCUAAGAAAACAUGUGAAGGCACAUUCUUCCAAAGAUCAACAAGCAAGAAAAAAGUUGCGAUCCAGCACAGAGCUCCAUCCUGACCUGCUCACUGAUUGUCUCACAGUGCAGCCCCUGCAGCCGGCCACUUCCCCAAGAGAUACUGCUGCUGAUGGGGCAGUGGGAUGCUCCCCAGGGCCUGCACCUGAACUCUAUCCAGCUUCCAUUUUCUCCAACAAUCAUUCAAGCCGAAGUGGAACAGCUGCUGGGGCCAUGCCACCCCCUCAUUCUGUCAGUCACCCUUCUCCAGGACAUAAUGUACAGGGGAGCCCCCACAACCCCUCCUCCCAGUUACCUUCACUCACAGCUGUGGACGCCGGAGCUGAGAGGUUUGCACCUUCUGCUCCAUCUCCUCACCACAUCAGCCCCCGGAGAGUUCCAGCUUCUUCUUCAAUAAUGCAAAGAACACAGCCAUCCCAUACACAGCAACCCUCAGGAUCACACCUGAAGUCUUACCAGCCAGAAACAAAUUCUUCUUUUCAACCAAAUGGAAUCCAUGUUCAUGGAUUUUAUGGACAGCUGCAGACAUUCUGCCCUCCUCAUUAUCAUGACUCCCAGAGGACGAUGACACCCAGCAGCUCCUGUAGCGUGGUGCCUUCCUUCGAGGACUGCCUGGUCCCUUCAUCCAUGGGCCAGGCUGGCUUUGAUGUUUUCCACAGAGCCUUCUCAACGCACUCAGGCAUUACAGUGUAUGAUUUGCCUUCAGCUUCCUCCAGCCUCUUCAGUGAGUCUCUUCGAAGUGGACCUGAAGACAGCACUUUUCUGCAGAUCAGUGCCAUGGACCGCUGUCCUAGCCAGCUCUCCUCUGUCUAUACUGAAGGCUAGAAGCUCUC